AUGGCACCUGUGUUCUGGUCAGCAGGUGCUCUAAGCAGGAAGGAGCCUGACAGCAGCAGGUGCUUUGUCAUGGUGUACGGCAGAGUUCUUCACCAGGCUGAUGGUUGCUUCAUUAACGUCAACGUUGGAGGAUUUAGGCGGCGCAUGCCUCACUCUGUCCUGAGGAGAUUGCCACAGACCCGCCUCGCCCGCCUCCUGCACUGCUCCUCCAGAGCAGCCAUUUUGGAGCUCUGUGACGACUUCAGCUCCUCUGAAAACGAGUUCUACUUUGACCGCAGCCCAAUCAUUUUCUGCUCCAUUCAUAACUUCUACCUCACAGGGAAGCUCCACCUGGUCGACGGGUUGUGCAUGGCCUCAUUUUUCCAGGAGCUCGAGUACUGGGGAAUCAAGGACCCCCACCUGGAUUUGUGUUGCAGCAACAGAUUUCAGGAGCUGAUGCAGAAAAUAUAUUUGGAUGAUCAGCACCGCCAAAGCUCAGGCUCCUCAGCUGAGAAUCUUUCAGCUUUAGAGGACGAGUUGGAAGAGUUUGAAGGCUCCUGGUGUUCAAACGUUCGCAGGAAUAUCUGGAUUCGUGUCGAGAAUCCCAGUUACUCCAUCUCAGCCAAAGUGAUGGCUGUGGUGUCUGUGAGUGCUGUGGUUGUGUCUAUUGUUUCCAUGUGCUUGAACAGCAUGCCAGACUUUCAUCAGUGGGACUCUGAUGAAAAGCGCAUAGAAAACCCUCUGCUGGUCCUGCUGGAAAACAUCUGCAUCCUUCUGUUCUCUGCAGAGUUCAUUCUUCGUUUGGUCGUUGCUCCUUCAGCCAAGAAGUUCUUGAGCAGCGCUCUGAACAUCAUCGAUUUUUUGUCCAUCUUUCCCUUCUAUGUGACUUUAAUCUGUGACAACACAAAGAAAGACGGGAAUAAAGAGCUGGAGAAUGUCGGCAAAGUGGUCCAAAUCUUGAGGCUGACCCGAGUGUUUUGUGUUUUGAAGUUGGCCCGUCACUCAGCUGGACUCCGCUCUCUCGGCUCCACACUGAGGCACAGCUCAAGGGAGAUGGGACAACUGCUGCUCUUCUUAUCUUUGGGGGUUUCUCUGUUUUCUGCUCUUAUUUACUUCGUGGAGAGCGAGUCCAAAGAGUCACAGCUGCAGACCAUCCCUGUGGGCUGGUGGUGGGCCACCAUCAGUAUGACCACUGUGGGCUACGGUGAUACAAUCCCAGUUACCGUAGCUGGGAGGCUGAUAGGAACCCUGUGCAUCGUCUGUGGGCUGCUUAUUGUUGCUCUUCCUAUUACUAACAUCUUCAACAAGUUUUCCAAGCUUCAUCAGAGGCAGAGAUGA